AUGACUACAACAAUCUUCAAGCACAUCGACACCUCAACCUACUCUGGAAAGCCUUGGACUAAAGUCGACGGCCCUGGCUCUUCCUUCCAACUCAAAGAUUACGACCGCCUAGUCCACAACAUCCGCGGCAAUGAAACCUCCUUCGAUACCAACAAUUCAGGCUUCGCAGUCUACAACGACCCAGCGAAAGAGAAGAGCUUCACAGAUGAUGCAGUGGUAAGGAGCGACUACUACCCUGAAGUAGAGUCUAUGCUACGCAAGCAGUUGUCCGGUAUCAAGAAAGUCGUCAUUUUCGAUCACACUAUCCGCCGACGACAGAAAGACGCCCCGCGCCAACCUGUCCAGCAGGUCCAUGUUGAUCAGACACCUGGUGCAGCGGAGGUACGAGUUCGCCGACAUCUGCCAGAAAAUGAAGCGGAAGAGCUUUUGAAGGGCCGCUAUCAAAUCAUCAACGUCUGGCGACCAAUCGAGAACCCGGCUUCGGACUUCCCACUUGCGGUCGUUGAUUGGCGAUCAACCACCCCUACCGACUUCAUCCCUCUAGAUCUGAUGUACCCCAAGCGCGCCGACAGCGUCCACGACGACGACGAUCGCGGGAAGGAAAAGCUUCCGGAUCCCAACUCUGCCUCCUCAAUCGAGGGGUACGAGGUCAAAGGCGAGACCAUGGGUGUGGCUGCCAACGAGCACCACAAGUUCUACUACAUGAAGGAUAUGACGCCUGAUGAGGUUAUGUUGCUUAAGUGCUUUGAUUCUUUUGGAGAGGGGAUGCCGAUGGGGAAGAAGGGGUUGGCGGUUCGGACGCCGCAUACGGCUUUUAUUGAUCCGAAUACGCCCAAGGAUGCACCAGGAAGGCAGAGUAUUGAGGUCAGAUGUCUAGUUUUCUAUGAGUAA